AAUUUGAAGGAAGUGGAGCCGCGGCAGUGCGGCCACCAAGCUGAAUCUGUUGCAGUUUCACGGGCUGUCCUGGUCACUGGAGUCGAACUAUUAUGCCUAUCCGCGCUCUGUGCACUAUCUGCUCCGACUUCUUCGAUCACUCCCGCGACGUGGCUGCCAUCCACUGUGGCCACACUUUCCACAUGCAAUGCCUAAUCCAGUGGUUUGAGACAGCACCAAGUCGGACCUGCCCACAGUGUAGAAUCCAGGUUGGCAAAAAGGCUAUUAUCAAUAAACUUUUCUUUGACCUUGCCCAGGAAGAGGAGAGUCUCUUGGAUGCAGAAUUCUUAAAGAAUGAACUGGACAGUAUUAGAGCCCAGCUUUCCCACAAAGAGAGGGAGAAACGGGACAGCCAGGCCAUUAUCGACACUCUACGGGACACAUUGGAAGAACGCAAUGCCACUGUGGAGUCCCUGCAGAAUGCCUUAGAGAAGACAGAGAUGCUGUGUUCCACUCUUAAAAAACAGAUGAAGUUCCUUGAGCAGCAACAGGAUGAGACCAAGCAAGCUCGGGAGGAGGCCCGCCGACUCAAGAGCAAGAUGAAAACCAUGGAGCAGAUUGAGCUCCUGCUCCAGAGCCAGCGGUCUGAGGUGGAGGAGAUGAUCCGAGACAUGGGUGUGGGACAGUCGGCGGUGGAGCAGCUGGCUGUGUACUGCGUGUCCCUCAAGAAAGAGUAUGAGAAUCUGAAAGAAGCACGGAGGGCCUCAGGAGAGCUGGCUGACAAGUUGAAGAAGGACCUGGCCUCCUCUAGGAGCAAGCUGAAGACUGUCUACGCUGAGCUGGAUCAGGCCAAGUUAGAACUGAAGUCAACCCAGAAGGAUUUACAGAACGCUGACAAGGAGAUCGCGAGCCUAAGAAAGAAGCUAACGAUGCUACAGGGAACCUUGAACCUGCCUCCGGUGACCAGUGAGACUGUCAGCCGCCUGGUUUUGGAGAGCCCAGCCCCUAUGGAGAUGCUGAACCCGAAGCUCCACCGACCAUCCUUUGGUGAUGAGAUUGACUUCAAUGCUACCUUCGAUGUGGAUACCCCUCCAAGCCAGACCUCCAGCUCCCAGCACCACUCCAAGAAACCCUGCCUGGAGAGGGCCUGCUCCCCGGUGCAGGAUGUCCUCAAGAAGAUACCUAAAGUCUCCAGGCAGGAGCCCCAGCUCUCACUGGGUGGCCAGCGCUGUGUAGGAGAGCCAGACGAGGAACUGGCUGGCGCCUUCCCUCUCUUCAUCCGGAAUGCUGUCCUGGGUCAGAGACAGACCAACAGGACCACAGCAGCUUCCCGUUGCAGCACAGAUGUGGUAAGAAUAGGCUUUGAUGGACUUGGAGGACGAACAAAAUUCAUCCAACCUACAGACACAGCCAUCAUCCGACCAAUGCCGGUUAAGCACAAGGCCAGGAGUAAACAGAAAGUGAGAAUAAAGACUGGGAAUUCUUCCUCCCAGUCCAAGCUGGAUACCUUCCUGUGGCAGUGAGCAGUGACCAGAGUCAUGUCUCCAAUUAGUGGGCCAAGACCUUUGCCAACCCAGGAGUGUUUGGGGAGAUGGCUCCUCUUCCUGGACAGUGCAAGAGAGAGCGCAAAAUCUGCAUUUCCUGUGUUCGCUUUGCCCUGCACGCACUGGAUUUUACCUCUGGGAGUUACAGUUCCAGUCAGCAGGGGCUGCUUCUUUUUGCAGGUUUUUGUGUAUGGCUACAACCAGAUAUGGCUGGACUCCUGUUUUUAUAGACCAGGGUCACAUUUGGCUCUGUAUGGAUGAAAGUGCUGGAGGAUUCCUGAGCAGGCUAGCCUGAGCUUCUGUCUGCCCCCAGCUCGCUGUGUGAAUUAGGGGAUGUUAGGGAAAUAAUGGGGGAAGGUUUCCAUGGGAAAUAAAAAGGCAUCUUUUCUUCCUGGCUCUGGGUGUAUAAUCUGUACCAAGACUUCAGAAAAUCAGUGUGAGUUUCUAAGGCGGGAGUGCCACUAAGACUCAGACCUGGCAGUUUUCUUCCCAGGGUGCAGGAAGACUAGCAAGGAUGGUGUCUCUGUAGUCUAGAGUGGGUGAACCAAGUAAGUUCACAUCCAUUCAGGGAACUCAGCAAGCACAUCAGACAACCAGCGACCAAGCUGCUAGUUAGCUUUUAGGUCUUAGCUUCAGGACACUUUCUCCUGGAGAAUUUCCUUUACUGGCCAUCACCUGGGUAAGACUUCCUAAACUUUCUCUUUCUAAACAUUAUUAGGUGUUUCCCUAGCCCGUUGCCCGCUUCCUGUGAAGGCAUCCAGCCAUUUGAAGCUCUAUGGGGAUGGAGAUGAUAGGCAGCCUUGGUUGUAUGAUGCCUAGCUGUGAUUGUCAACACAGUCUAGAGUCACUUGGGAAGGGACUCUCUGUGAGGUCAUGUUAACUGAGGUGAGAAGGUCAGCCUGUGGUGGGUGGAACCAUCACCUAAGCAGAGGAUCCUGGACUGUUGAGAGCAGAGAAAGUGAGCUGAGCACAGAAUGAAUGCACCAUUGGGGGAGGCUGCUCGUUUGUUCCCGGUCGCCCAGACUCGAAAUAACCACACAGAAACUACUAAUUAAAUCACUGUUUGGCCUAUUAGCUUAUGCAUAUUUCUGGCUAGCUCUUACAUCUGAAAUCAACCCAUUUCUAUUAUUUUAUAUUUUACCAUAAGGCUUGUGGCCUACUGGCAAGGUUCCAGCUGGUGGUGAGCGUCUUCUCCUCUGGUGUCUGGCUACAUGGCCUCUCCUUGACUCCGUCUUCUUCCUCCCAGCAUCCAGUUUAGUUUUCUUGCCUAGCUCUGUUCUGCUAAUGAAAACAACACAUAGACAGAAGGACUUCCCACACUAGCACCCUCUUUGCUCUUAACCAGCUGCUCCACCUUCCGGCUUGGCUUCCCUGCAACGAUGAUUG